AAUGCUCACAUGGCUUCCAUUUUUUUUUGGUUUUUUCAUUUAUGAUGUAGAAGUCUGCCUAAGAUUGUUUUGUUAUGAAUAAUAAAUAAAACACAAAAACAAUAGAAGAUGGAGUUUAAAUCGGGUGCUGAGAUUUCACUGGAAAACUACGUACAGCCUCCGGAAACAGAAGGUGAAUGCCUGCUACCAGAUUUGAAUGAGCAGCCAUUAGACGACAUGAUGCAAAGUAAAUUGGAGCCUGAAAUUGUACUCGAAGACUUCGGACACCAACAGCAGACUCCAGCUGAAUUCAUGCAGUCUGCCAUCCAAGAUUUCAAUCAGCAGUCACAAAGAUCAGAGAAGCGCAUCAUUUCUUUCAUUCGAGAAGAGAAUAAAUCUCUGCGGGCCGAGAUCGCAAGUCUAAAUUCAAAACUAGCAUGGCUCGCCGAAACUGUUGUCGGAAUAAAGGAUAUAUUGAAUAAAGGACCACAGGGCCAAGACUUUGAGCGCAGCGACUUGAACUUUCCACUAAAGACAGAGUUCGAUCUUUCUUUUAUUGACAAGGAAAUUGGGGAGUCACCGACUUUCAAAAAUGAAUGCAUCAAAGAAAUGAGGACUCUAUUCGGCCUUAAGGCGCUGUCCAAGUCAUUAACAAGUGUAAUGUCUCCAGAAUUAGUCUUAGACUAUAACGUUGAUGGCGUAGCAAGCAAGAAGAGCCUGCGUGACUACAGAUUCUUUUUUGCCGCUCUUACAGAUGCAAUUCGACAGGCAGACAGUUCGCAGCCAGCGAUAAAGUUACUCCAAAAAGCAAUGCACUGCGUUAAAAAUAACGCUUGCAAAAGAAAAUCAAGAAUGGAUCAAGAGACGAAAAGUAAAAAGGCUAGAGUAGAGCACUGAACUAAGCAUAAACAUAAGAAAUAAUACUAAGAAUAUAACCUUAACGUAGUGCCUUAUUUAUUGGGAACCAAUUUUUUGAGAAAUACGUACAGUUUGUCACGUAAUUCUUUGCAAAACGAAUAAUUCCCUCAUAAUUUUGGGUUUAAACUGAAACUUUAUUGACA